GGAACGGACUCGGGAGCUCCCCUCCCUUCAUUCCCCCUGACCUCACUCCUGCCGGAGGGACAGCAUCUGCCAGCACCCGCUGCGCAUUAAAAACAAUCAUCUCCUGCUGGCCUCUCAUCUUGUGUGACACAGAUGGCUCCGCCUCCCUGGCCGUAACUCACCAACAGGCCGCUCCUCUCCUCCCUCCGGAUCUCUGCGUCACUGCCAGCCGCCUCAGCUCAGCUCCUCACCACCGCCGCUGGAGGCUUGCGUCCCGGGUCCCGCCGGCGUGGAUUUUACGCUCACUGCUGCCGACGGAGGGAGAGCUCACAUCGCUACUGCUGCUGGGUGCCAAACACCGGCCAAUGUGUUUCAAUCUAUAUGGGUUUUGCCAAGGCACCCUAACAAAUACCUGUGGGGCUGAAACAGGUCAGCAGAUGUAGAUGAAGGAGGUCAUCACUUUGGAGCCCAGCACUCUGAUCAAAUCAUGAAGAGCGGAAGGAUUGAGAAUGCAGAUGAGAACAGAGGGCGAGCACAACGGCAAGCUGCUGCAGGAAGUCUGGACCAAUCCCCUUCUCAGCCCCCCUCCCCUUCUGUCGCCCAAUCCCCCUCUCCUUCCCAAUCCCCUUCUCAGCCCCCCUCCCCUUCUGUCGCCCAAUCCCCCUCUCCUUCCCAAUCCCCUUCUCAGCCCCCCUCCCCUUCUGUCGCGCAAACCCCCUCUCCUUCCCAAACCCAUUCUCAGCCCCCCUCCCCUUCUGUCGCCCAAACCCCCUCUCCUUCCCAAACCCCUUCUCAGCCCCCUUCCCCUUCUGUCGCCCAAUCCCCCUCUCCUUCCCAAUCCCCUUCUCAGCCCCCCUCCCCUUCUGUCGCCCAAUCCCCCUCUCCUUCCCAAUCCCCUUCUCAGCCCCCCUCCCCUUCUGUCACCCAAUCCCCCUCUCCUUCCCAAACCCCUUCUCAGCCCCCCUCCCCUUCUGUCGCCCAAUCCCCCUCUCCUUCCCAAUCCCCUUCUCAGCCCCCAUCCCCCUCUCUUUACCAAUCCCCCUCUCUGUCCCCCUCCCCCUCUCUUUACCAAUACCCCUCUCUGUCCCCCUCCCCCUCUGUAGGCCAAACCACCACUCCGCCCACCUCCCCCUCUCUUUCCCAUUCCCCCUCUCUGGCCCCCUCCCCCUCUGUGGCCGAAACACCCUCUCCGUCCCCCUCCCCCUCUCAAUCAGACCCACCCUCUGUAAACAGCUCCCCAUUCCAUCCUCCUUCCCCAAUCCCUCCUCCUUCCCCAAUCCAUCCUCGUUCCCCCAUCCACCCUCCUUCCCCCAUCCACCCUCCUUCCCCCAUCCAGCCUCCUUCCCCACCCAGUGAAUGGGCAGCAGAAGCCCCUGAGGAUGUUGAGGGUGCUGCGCAUGUGGCUGAUGAGAAUGGUGCAAUUGGAGAUCCCACAAGCCUGCCUGGCAUCCUUGCAAGUCUAAAGGCUAAUUUGCAGGCCAUGCUGGCCGAUGUUGAUCGGAUGCAAAAAUUUUUUUAAUUUGUUAAUUUUUAAAUUGGAAAAUAUUUGUUAUUGGUUCUAAAAAAAUACAAAAAAAAUAUGUACAAAAAUAAAAAAAUGUUUAUUACAGUUAA